AUGGGGGCCGCUCGAGUGAAGCGGCGCUUCAGUGCAGUUGUGGACACCCCUCUGGAUGAGGAAGAAGUCAUGAGAUUGGCACAAAGUGAUGAUGGCACUUCUUCCCAUUCGGGCACACUUCCAUCUCCCAACUGCAAUGGCAAAGUGCUCAACCUUCUCCACAGCAAUGGAGGAAGGAGUGGAGAGAUGGAUGAGGAUGAUGAUGAUGAUGCGGAGAAGGAUGAUGAUGAUGAUGAGGAUGAGGAGGAGGAAGGGGGAGGAAGGAGGGGAGGGGGAGGACGUGGCUCGGCACUCAGUGGGGAGUCUGGGGUAGAAGGGAGGUGGGAGAGGAGCAAAAGAGCAUCCUUACCUUCCCUUUCUCCCACACCACUCCGGGAUCGCCGCCGCCAGUCCCGCCGGCCCCGAAGGCGCUUUGUAGGCAAGGACGGGCGCUGCAACGUCACCUUCGUCAACAUGAGCGAAAGGGGCCAGCGCUACCUAACUGACCUCUUCACCACCUGCGUUGACAUCCGCUGGCGCUGGAUGCUUGUGGUGUUCACCCUCUCCUUCUUGCUCACCUGGCUUCUCUUUGGUUUCACGUUCUGGCUCAUCGCUGCUGCUCAUGGGGAUCUGAAUCCCUUAGCAUCAUCUUCCUCUUCUCCCUCAUCUCUUUCCUCCUCUUUGGCUCCACUGGAAGCCACUGAAGGUUCCAGUCGAGUGGAAAUGGUGGCAGAGACAGAGGAACCCUGCUUUCAGCAAGUGAACAGCUUCAUGGCGGCGUUCCUCUUCUCUCUGGAGACACAGACAUCUAUUGGUUAUGGCUUCCGGAGCGUUACCGAGGCCUGCCCCCUGGCGGUGUUGGCUGUCGUGUUGCAGUGCAUUGUGGGCUGCAUCAUCGACGCUUUCAUCAUUGGGGCGGUAAUGGCUAAAAUCGCCAAGCCCAAGAAGCGCAAUGAGACACUGGUGUUCUCGGAUGUGGCUGUGGUGGCCGUGAGGGACGGGAAACUCUGCAUGAUGUGGCGAGUGGGAAACUUGCGUAAGAGCCACCUGGUGGAGGCCCAUGUUCGAGCACAGCUACUCAAGCCACGGGUGACCCCUGAGGGCGAGUUCCUACCAUUGGACAACGCAGACCUCAAUGUCGGCUUUGACACAGGAACAGAUCGCAUAUUUUUGGUGUCACCUGUGACCAUUGUACAUGAAAUUAAUGAGGAGAGCCCCUUCUUCGAAAUGGACAAAAGUACACUAGAGGGAGACAAAGAGUUGGAAGUGGUGGUGAUUCUGGAAGGCAUGGUGGAGGCCACUGCCAUGACCACUCAAUGCCGUUCCUCUUUCCUGGCUUCUGAGAUUCUCUGGGGUCACCGAUUUGAGCCUGUGCUCUUUGAAAGGAAGAACUGCUACCAGGUGGACUACUCAUACUUCAACAGGACUUAUGAGGUCACGGACACUCCCACUUGCAGCGCUAAAGAGUUAGCAGAGAAAAAGUACAUUGCAGGCUCCCGUUCCUCCUUCUGCUACGAGAAUGAGGUGGCUCUGCAGCUCUCCUCUUCUGUCCUGCCCUGCACUGACCAGUUCUCUCCAUCCCCCUGUUCAUCCCCCCCUCAGUCGCCCACACCACCACCUCGACAAGACUCCUGCAGUGAACACCCACACAUACACUGA